AUGGAAGACAAGCAGGUUGAUGGUCGAGGAAGGGUUGGUUACAGUACAAUCCAAAAGUGUGUAUGCGCCAUAUGUCAGUUGGCGUACGGCUACAAUCCCGACUCGCUUGACGAGUAUCUAGAGAUGGGUGAAGAAACAAGUAGAUGUUAUCUAGACUAUUACUGCAAAUGUGUGUUUGAACUUUAUAGGGAUGAAUACUUGCACAGACCAACACCAGAGGACAUACAACGCUUGUAUGCUCGACACGAGGAGCUUCAUGGUUUCCCAGGCAUGCUUGGUAGCAUUGAUUGCAUGCACUGGCCUUGGAAAAACUAUCCCAAGGCAUGGCAAGGUCAAUUUACGCGUGGUGAUCACGGUCAUCCAACCAUCAUGCUUGAAGCGGUAGCUUCGUACAAUAGGGAAAUCAAAGAAGAUCGUGCGCCUGAUACUUCGUUCACUGUUAAUGGCACCCACUACAAAAAAGGUUACUAUCUCGCCAACGACAUUUAUCUGGAAUGGUCGACUUUUGUAAAGUCUUAUUCAUGCCCUCAAGAUGAGAAGUGCAAGAAAUUUAAAAUGUAUCAAGAAAGUGUUGGAAAAGAUGUCGAGCGUGCCUUUGGAGGGCUUCAAAAUUCAUGGCACAUUCUAACCCAACCAUCAAGAUCAAAAAUUGUGAAUCGGAUAACUCAAACAAUAUACACGUGUGUUAUAUUGCAUAACAUAAACGUUGAAGACGCGAGGUAUGCCAUAAGCUCACUCGAGAAAGGAGACGACAACGAUCAAAUCGUCUUACCUGAGCGUACUUUCUAG